AUGUCAGGCCGUAUCAAGUGCAACCCUGAGGACAGCCCGUGGGUUGCUCGCAGUAAGAAGCACCAGAAGAUGGACAUCUUGAGCCAAGUCAAUAUUUUUCAGGUAGCGAACUGGAAACCGGGAAAACCGCCACAACCAGCUAAGAAACGCCUGCGAGCCAAGGCCACGAUGAAAAGCGGACUCAAGACCAAGACCCCACAGCGUAAACGAGGGCAUACUUUAGAUGCCAGUGCCGGGACCAGACAUGACGCCCCACCUGGAGGUGGUGUUAAGAGAAAACGCCCUUCGAGAAGCACUCGCCCUCCUUCGAACCCUGCACCUUCAUCUGCUCAGCGGCCCGAGACUACGAUCAACAGCUCUAUCCGAGGCAAUGCGGAUAUCGAACAUCGUGGGUACGCCGCCCUUUUCUCGCGCGCCACCACUGGCAUCAGCUCCUGCGCACCUUCGUUCGUCCACCCGGCCAACUACCAACCGCCGCCCUCGCACGGAGCCGUCCUCGGAUGGUCAUACCCACGCCUGCCUCAGUCACAGGACGCGACAUUGGCACCCACUGAGUCGCAGGUGUCUGCUCGCCACCACGAUGACACUGCUUACCACCACCGCGAUGCCGCUCGCGGGCUCUCGAAUGGUCCCCUCCAAAACCCGCGCAUAACCAAGGAAAACGACCUAAAUCAUUCUGCGCGUGCUGUUGCUCUGGGCGGUGAUACUUACCCCAGAAACGCGGCGGCGGAUGAUGUUCUCAGCAUGUAUGACCCCCAGGAGCACGACACCGAGCAGCGCGGCUAUGACGUUCGCCCCUGCCCACCCCAGGACCUUCACCUCGGGGCGACUCUUUGGGACAUGGGUGAUCGUCGCCAACACAUCUCUUUCUCGGAGGCUACGCGCUUUUGUACCCGCGCGCCACCACCUGUCCUCGUUCGGGAGGAUCAGACGCCCCUUACAUCGACGCACGCGACUUCGCGUCCUUCGGAACAGCACACAGUGUACGCUCGCGUCAAGCACGACGCCGCGUCCUAUGGUACACUAAGCCUUCCCACGGCGACCGCGACGUUGUACCAAACGUACAACGACAUCAUGCGCCCGGAUGCUGCGCCACACUAUAUCGGCUCUCCGUCUUCGUCCUCGGGAUCGUCUAUCACGGCCGUCGAGGACCCCUACGAGCUUGGUGCACUUGUCAACAUGCAUGCCCCCACCGUCCCUGAGCCUAUACCUAUCCAGCUUUCAGCACAUCAGCAUCAAGCUGUGUCCGUUCCGUCCGCACUUCUCCCGCAGAAUACCAACCAGUUCGCGUCCACGCAAGCGGAACUCGACACGUCGCCCGCGAACGUCCUGAACCUGGCCACUGCCUAUGGUCAACCUUUCAGCGACAACAUGCGCGAGGCCUUCUCACAGCAGGGAUGGUGGAUGCCCAACCGCGACACCGGAUUAUUGGCACCGGAACAGCCGGCAGGAAACAGCUCCUCGGGCGCGGACCUUUAUUAUGCACAGGGCGCGCGUGUUCCUCAUCCGACUGCAUUGCACACCCAGUCGUACGACCCUCGCUUCUUGGGGUAUCCAAGCUCGCGCCUCGUCUCGGACGUGCAUACUGAACGUCGACGCGAACACGCCUUCGCGGUCGGGGGCUUUUCGCAUCACGAUGCUCGAGCAUACGGCCAGUUAUCGUACAACACGGCCACUCACCGCCAGGGCCAGCACUGGCUCGCGAGGCCAUUCUACGGGGAGCACGAGCUGCUGAUAUCGAUCCGACACUUGCUCACGCAAUGCCGCACUCACUGCAAGUCCACUACCAAGGGCCUGUACUAUAUCCCAGAGGCGUCACCUGCAACGGUCCAGCCGCGACAUGGUCGGCCGACCGUGCUCCUGCCACGAGCCCGCUCAACGAGUGGGGCUACAUAA